AUGCUCUCUGCUAGCAGGCACCUGCUCAUGCGCAAUGCAGAAGAAGAGGCCGGUCUCCCUUCUCUCGUACACUAUUGUAUUGCUAGUGCUACAGGAUAUCCCUAUGCAUUGGCCAGAGGAGGCCAUCAGGCGCUGGCCUCCCGGGUUAUCAUUCAUCAAAUGGCUCAGAAAGGAAAAGAGGGACGUUUCCUGGCUCCAUCCAACUUCCUAGAGGAGUCUUUCCGACAGAACUUCACCAGUCUGUCACAAAGGAAUCAGUCUUGGACAUUUUCUGAGGGAUCGGCCUCAUGUGUUAGGCCAACAUUCACCGAACCACCCAUCAGCCUGGAGGCAGUUCGGAGGAAAUAUUUGUUGCUGAAGUUGUUGUUUGGGGCAGUGGAAGCAAUCGCCACGGGUAAUGGAGAUGAUGCGAUGCAAGAGUUGAAAGGGUCGUCUGUGCAGACUUCUGGAUUCACAGAAGCAGAAAGAGUGGCAUUGUACCGGUCAAUGGCAAUGGCAGAUUUAUUCCUUGGAGAUGAAUCAAGGACAGAUGUCUCAUCUUUCCAUAGCAGUUGUGAAGAGAAUGAGAAGCUGGUGGCUGCAGUAGAUUCAGUAAUUCUUCACAAGGAACUUACUUCUCAUUUGAGUGCACAGGCUAAAGACAUCAAGAUGGCCAUCCAGGGUAUUACUUCCUCAACAUCUGAGCCACCAUCCAUCUUGAAGCACCUCAGAAAGGAAUCUUCUGAAAAGAGACAAGGAAUGAUAGAAGAACAACUGACUCAAGUGAAGCGCAUGACUGAAAUCAGAUCAGUCAACAAAACAUUUAAUGCCCUACUUGAAGAAGUCAUCAAAGCAAAACAGAGAGCUACAGAAAAGGAGUCUCAUCCACAGCUUAAACGAUACCUAGAGCUGAAAUUCAAGAUUUUGCAGCAAAAGGCAAGGAUCAUGGAAUUGGAGCUCCUGUGCAUGACAUACACCCCAGAUGUCAUCAAGGCACUCGAAAGGAUCAGUGCCAUGCUCAGAGAAGAGGAGGAAAAGAUGGAAAGGGACUUUGCCAUCGCACAGAGAGAACUCCAACGAUACUCUGGCUUAAGUGCUAGCUUCUUUGAAAUUGUUGAAGAGUACACCAGAGUGAAGAAAAACAUUGCUAAUUUGCAGUGGGGUCUUGACAGGUACAAAUGAUGCUUCCCACAGCUCUGUUUUAAUGUAUUGUAAUAAUGAGGAUGCUAUAUGGUCAGGUUUGGUUAUGUAAGAUUUUAUUCAAGGUUGUGCUGUUAUCUGCAACUAUUUUUUACAUUGGAGAGAGGGUAUAUGAUGAUAUAGGCAUGAUCUUUCCAGUGAGAAAAUUUCACACGUAGCCUCAAUGACCUUAGAUUGCAGCAAGACUUACAUGGAACAAUUUUUUACCUCUCCCCUUUUCUAUUUCAAUAUUCAUAUACUUUUUACCAAUUCAGGAUUGGCAGACU